AUGCCUCAUGGCCGCCCAGCAAAGCGCAGGCGUGUCACCCCACCUCUGGACGACGAUGUGCCUUCCAAGACCAUCAAGUCUUCAGACCUCUUCGCCCGAGCCGCUGACUGGGAUCUUGAACAAGCGUACGCACAGAAGAACCGUUCGAAGAAAACCAAAGAGUCCACGAGACUGCCUAUUAAGACCGCGCAAGGCCAACUCCAACAUCUGAAAGUCGCAGAGCCUGAAGACGACUCGGAUAGCUUUCUCGGUUCAGGCUCAGAGAGCGAGGCCAGCGAUAGCCAGGAGGACGAUGCGCAAGAUACUCCUCCCACCGAGUCUGAAGCUGCCGCUCCUGCAAUACCUCUUAAGCAACAAAUUUUAGGCGCAAAGGAAGAAAUAGCUCGACUGGCCGGCCUAUUGAGUGAAGACCCCGAGGAGCAUGCCAGCGCAUUCAAAAAACUUGCACAACUGGCCGAUUCCCAAUCUCCGAUCCCCGUACAGAAACUCGUUCUUGCAGCGCAAGUGGCAGUCUACAAAGACGUCAUUCCUGGUUAUCGGAUACGCUCGUACAAGGACGAAGAUUUAGGGAAUAAGAUAUCCAAAGAUGUGCGGAAGACAAGACAAUACGAACAGGCCCUUGUCACAGGAUAUCAUGGCUAUGUGAAGCACCUUGGUGGUCUUGCGAAAAGUCGCAAGGGUGAUGAAGAUGCUCAGUCACUGCGCAGUGUUGCGAUAACCUGUGCCUGCACAUUACUUCUAUCUGUUCCACAUUUCAAUUUCCGCACGGAGCUGCUGAACAUCUUAGUGCACGAACUGGCCAGUAGGGAAAGUACCCCAGAUUUCGUGAAGUGUGUCGAAACGGUGGAAAAGUUCUUCUCAGAUGAUGAGGACGGAGGCCCGUCCCUGGAGGCCGUCAGCCUGUUGACCAAGAUGAUGAAGGCAAAGGACUAUCGUAUUCGAGAGGAAGUUCUAAACACAUUCUUUCAAUUGCGGCUCCUCUCAGAACUGACUACGCCGAGCUCUACCACCAAAGCGGACAAGCCUGAAGACAUGUCGAAGCUCCACGGUAGGAAGGUAAAGAAGGAAAAGUUCGAGCACAGAUCGAAGAAGGAGAGAAAACUCGCAAAGCAGAGAAAGGCCGUGGAAAAGGAUAUGCGCGAAGCGAAUGCCAUUGUCAACUACGAAGAGCGGGAGAAGAUGCAAUCCGAAACACUGAAACUCGUCUUUGUCACUUAUUUCCGCAUCUUGAAAGCCAGGGUACCUCAACUGAUGGGGGCCGUGCUUGAAGGACUGGCCAAGUAUGCUCAUCUCAUCAACCAGGACUUCUUUGGAGAUGUGCUCGAGGCCCUCAAGGACAUCAUCAAUCAGGCAGACGAAGCGCUCAGAGGUGAACUGGAUUUGGGUGAAGGACCGAGCGCUGCAGUGGAUGUGGACGGAGACGAGGUCCGGAACAUGACCCGCGAGAGUCUCCUUUCGACACAGACGGCUUUUACUCUUCUCUCGGGGCAAGAUGUGUCCAAAGCGGCAUCGACUCUACACUUGGAUCUAUCCUUCUUCACUUCCCACACCUAUCGCUCUCUCUAUCCGCUAUGUCUGGAUGCAGACAUUGAGUUGGGCCCAAAGUCUUUGCGACUGCCGGAUCCUCAUUCCUCCAAAUCAACCGAAAAGGCGACUAACAGGAUCAACAUAUCCACCCCCAUACUGCUUCUGACACGAGUCCUAGCUUCAAUUCUUCUUACACCUUCACAACCUCCGCCAAGUAUCGCGGCGGCAUCAUUUUUCAAGCGCUUGUUGACAGUGUCUUUGCAAUUGCCCGAAAAGUCAGCGCUUGCAGUGCUCAAUCUGCUUGCCCAAAUAGCAGACAAGCAUGGGCGCAAGAUCGAAGCCUUGUGGUAUAGUGAUGAAAGAAAAGGAGACGGGGUUUUCCGGGGAGAAAGCGAAUCUGUCGAAGGGACCAAUGUUCUGGCUACUGGAAGCGGAGUGUGGGAAAGCGAGCUAUUACGGAGGCAUUUCUGUCCCAAGGUCAGAGAGCAAGCGGUCGCUAUUGACAAGAUUAUUGCCGGGUUGCAUAGGUAG